CUGUAGUCGAAAGUGCUGAUCGAACGAAUUUUCAUUUGGUAUUAUGGUGCUCAUUCGUUGAAGAAUAGAACUAUUGUGAAUUUCGAUCGCUCGACGCAUUUACAAUAGAUAAUUAUUUCUCAGCUGAUACAGCAAAUCAAAAUAAAAGAAAAACCGAUUAUGUUGAAAUUCUUUGCUAACAUUAUUUUUAAAAGUUAAAAAAAGUAUUUUUUUGUGAAAAUGAGUACAACGGAGUUGUGGUUCGACGAUUCAUCGGACGAUGAAAGAUUAGUGGAACUAGCUAGAAGUAGAAAACAGUUGAGGGACGCAUCCAACCCCCUAGAAAUGGCUUCCACUGAAUUUUUAAAGAACUUUAGAUUAUCUAAAGAGGCGUUGGUGAACCUACUGUCCAGUACAGAAAACCAGUUGCAGCAGUGCACCCGAGCCAAAUUGAUUCCAAAUAUUUUAAAGCUAGCCACAGUUCUGCGAUUUUGUGCUCAGGGAUCGUACCAAUUGAGUAUUAGUAAUCAAGGUAUGCUAGGACUUGCUCAGCCCACUUGUACUCCACCCAAUGUUGAUUUCCAUCAUAUCGGACAGAAACUGAUGGUGCUGUUUCAUAUCUCUUUCGAGAAGUAG